GCCAGGGCAGUCAGAUUUGGCGGUUCAGCUUCAACAUGGCCGAAGGGAGCAGCAUCGGUGUAGGCAGCAGCUGUGAGGAAAAGGGGCCUGAGGGGUCGUCCGCGGAUUCUGUGCUCUCCAGCACUACCAUUUCGAGGGUGAAGCUCCUCGACACCAUGGUGGACACUUUUCUCCAGAAGCUGGUCGCCGCCGGCAGCUACCAGAGAUUCACUGACUGUUACAAGCGCUUCUACCACUUGCAGCCUGAGAUGACACAGCGAAUCUAUGACAAGUUUAUAACUCAGUUGCAGACAUCUAUCCGGGAGGAAAUCUCUGAAAUCAAGGCAGAGGGGAACCUGGAAGCUGUCUUGAAUGCCUUGGAUGCUAUUGUGGAAGAAGGCAAUGACCGCAAGGAGCCAGCCUGGCGCCCGAGCGGGAUCCCGGAGAAAGAUCUGUGCAGCGCGAUGGCGCCCUACCUCCUGCAGCAGCGGGAUGCCUUGCGGCGCUGCGUGCAGAAACAGGAGGCCGAGAACAGGCAGCUGGCAGACGCCGUCCUGGCUGGGCGCAGGCAGGUAGAGGAGGUGCAACUGCAGGUCCAGGCCCGGCAGCAGGCCUGGCAGGUCUCUAAGUCCAUGGCUUCCACGUUCCCCUGGUCUUCUCUUUCUGAGACCAGUCAGCUGCAGCCUGAAGGCCCUGCCCUGGCCUGAGCAGGGCCCCAGCCUUGGAGAGCCAGCAUCAGGAGAAAGGCGGGGCUUCUCUGCUUCCUCUUGUCCUCACGCCUCCAGCCUCCCCACGUAACAGACUCAUCCUAGUGCACAGAGAGCCGGGACCAAGGUGGUGGUGACCAAGGCCCCCAGCCUAUGCUGUCUUGUGAGGCAGGUUCCACAGCUCAAAGUUGUGUCCCAGGCAUUCUUAGGACCACCCUGCUGAGCCCUCAGGCAAGACCAUUACUACUCCAUCACCAUGAGGCCAUGGGUCACUCUCCUGUCUGCGCCAUGGCUUCCAAAUUGGCCAAAUAAUGAUUCUCAGGUCCUGCCAGCUCUAACAUUCAAUGCAUCUAUCUUAAAAGGGGGAACAAAGCCCCUGCUCUUAGAGCCACACCUCAGCCAUUGUAGCUACCGAUCCUAACCACUGUUAGAAGUGGGUCACUGGAUUGAGUGUUCAGUACUGAGCCCUGUGUGGGAGCUUCAGAGGGCUCUUUUCCACCACAGAUUCCACGUCUGUAGCCCAACUGAAAAUCCACUUAAUUCAAUAAACUUUACUCUGCUAGAAAUCUUUAGUAGGGUCAGAAGAUCAGGAGCGUACUUUGGGGACCCUUAGUAAAGAUGGACUGUGUUCUGGGGGGCCCAGCCUAAGUAGCCAAGGCACGCAGCCUGCCAUAAAUACCUGUGAGCAGGGGACUUCCUAAUAUGGCUUGGUCCUAACAUGCCCUGAUGCGCCGGUGACAGGAGCUCUAGACCUCUGUCACAUCACCCUGGGGAUACCCAGGCCUGAAGUCAAGACGAGUGGAGGUAAAGGUGUGGAUUUUCUCAUCUCCCAACUCAUCUGUUCUCUCCCAUUGAGGUCAGGCUCUCCACAGAGAACAGAAGGAGCUGGUGACCCUGCUGAGGGAACCUGAAUGAGGAAGAGACCAGCAGCCCAGGAGCAGAGGGCAGUCAAGGUCGAGGGCCUCUGGCCCAGCAUGCUGGGCCUGGGCGAGCUGCCUCUGUGAUAGCUGACAUGGUGCCCAGUCCCGAAGUAGUGAUGGAAUUUCCUGGAGAUGAGGCCUGAGCAGUCCCUCUGCCACUGUGCCUUAGGGGCUCCUUUGGGGUCACACACAACCCUCAGAUCCUUCCCUGUUUUCUUUGAAUUUGAGGUGGAAACCGGGGGGAAUCUGGCACCAUGCUUUCUGCCCUUUAGGUUCUGGCCCACCCCCUACCCCACCGCUGCCUCGCACCACCACGACACACACACCCAAGCUGGUUCCUGAGCCCUCCCUAGGACCUGGCUCAGGGAAUCUGUUUUCAGUGUCCACUGAUUGCCCCCUUGCUGGCCAGCCUGAGGGCCCUUGCCAUGUUCUUCCCACAUCCGUAAAUAAACUUCCUCCACUACACUGUAA